AUGCAAAACACCACCCAUCGAGACGGGCCAGAAGCUCAGGGUGCUGACCUGGAACGCCGGGGGCUUAACCAAGCAAGUCUUUCAGGAAUUGGAAAGUUUGCUAGAGACUCCAACUUCGACGUCAUUUACAUCCAAGAGACCAAAUGGUCUGAAGACAGCAACUGGAGCAACCGCGAGUUCCACUACAUCCACUCAGCGGGUGUCAAGGGAGACAAGGCAGGCGGAGUGCUCACUAUGGUUUCCACCAGGAUCGCCCGGAGAGAUGAUGUUCAGUAUCUUGCCGUGCACGUCAGCGGUGACAAACUCCUACCCGUCGGGACCUACCACAAGGCUGACCACAUGGACUUUAUGCACAUCUGUGAAGCCAUGGUCCCAAAAAGCUACCUUCACCUUUGGGAACCUAAUGUCAUCACCAGGCAAUCAACAGCCACGUACGCGGCGAAGAAGGCUGGCACAAAACUUGACUUCCCGGUGGCUGCAUGGAGAGAUGGUGCGAGGCACUACCCGGUUGUGGCGGAAAUCCCGAUGCCGUCGCAUACUUGGCACGCGCAAGCACCGAAGCCAACGGCCCACAUCGAUACUGCGCAGCUCAUUCAAGAUCUUCAGCAACGGGAAGCACCUGAGGCACUACAACUUUUUCGUCAAGAAAUCCAGGACAAGGCAGCGCCGGACAUCGAGAAAUAG